AUGGCUGUGAAGGUUUCUCAUUGGCGCAGCUAUCUGCGAGUGAUACUGUCCUGUGAAGGUCAGAGGAUGGAGCAUUUCCAGAGGGCAGAGAACAUCCUGCUGACUGUGCUAGAGAAAGUCACUGCCAUGGACCCCAGAUUUAUAGCUGAUUAUUCAAGAAACCUGGAAGCUUUUAAAUUUGCCCUCUGCACCUCAGAGGAUGCAGUAACUGUGGGGGUUCCCCUGUAGAUUGUGGCUGAUGCCCUCCUGCUGCAGACAAUGCCUUCUGGGUACUCCACCAAUCGCCCUGUCAUGAAACUGCUCCAUAUUGUGGGCACGCUGAAGGGCCACCAUUUGGACAGCCUUCACCUACUGGACCAAGUCAACAGUGAGGACUGGAAAGAAGAGGGCAGGAAAGGAGGGCUCACAUUUAAUCACUUGAAGAUGGUGCUGCUGUGGGCCACUGAGCUGUUCCCUUCCCCUGAGGACUGGGAGGACCUGGAAGGGUCAGUCUAUCAGCUCCUGGUGAUCCUGCUUUGUUGCUUAGCAACCAAAAAUCUCCCCCACUUCCUGUAUCCAGAAGAAAAUCUUUUCCAAAGAGAGGAUCUAGACCCGAGUGCUUUGUACCACAGAGUAGAGGGGUUUGCUAGCUCACCAGAGCAUUUCCUCAAGUGCCAUUUCACCCAAGGGGCAGAACAUCACCAGUGGCUAGACAAUGGCAUCAAGACCUGGCUGCAGCUCCCAGUUCAGGCUGGAGCCUACUGGGACACAGCCUACUUUGAUGUGCUGCUUAGUAAGUUCUAGGCCUACCGCAUCCAGGACAAACAGCGGAUCUCUGCUCUGUCGGACAUCUUGUCAAAGGCCAAGAAGGUAGUUAAUGACCAGAGCUGA